GAAAGCUUGUCUUGAGAAACUGCAGGCAAGAGAAGGAGAACAAACGGUAAAGAAAGAGGGAAAGGGGAAAGAAAGGAAGAAUGCUGAUCGUUUUCGUUUUUUCUGUUAGCUAGAAGUAUCAGUUUUUGUGAGAUAGUGUGACAAUAUGGAUAAAAACAUAAGCGACAUGAAGCCAAACCCCAAAGAGACCGCAAAUGUCUUCAGUGUUCUGUUCUUCUGGUGGAUGCGAGAACUAUUUAUGCUAAGCUACAAGCGUGAUUUGGAGGAAUCCGACAUUUAUCGACCAAUCAAAGCAGACGAAUCCGAAAAAUUGACCGAUCAGCUUGAGAAAUACUGGAAUCGCGAGCUGGAUAAAUUAAAGAACUUGGAAUAUGUCGUGGGAAAAGAUGGGCAGAAGGUGCCGCUGAAAAAGGAGUCUCGUCCAAAAUUGUACAAGGCGGUCCUCAGAACCUUUUGGUUGCCAUAUUUCAUAAUCGGAAUCGGCUCAUUUAUCCAAUGUAGCGUAGUACGUGUAAUGAUCCCGAUCCUGCAAGGUUGGAUCAUCAAAUACUUCAUUAAUGAUCCUAACGCGAAACAUAAAACUUCAACGAACGAAGUGAUGAUCUACAUCACCUUCCUGGUCAUUACCAACGUCAUCGCCAUUAUGUUGUUACACCACACUCUCUUGCAAUCGUUACAUGUUGGCAUGAGGAUACGUAUCGCCUGCAGUUCUCUUCUCUAUCGGAAGUUAUUACGGUUGAAUACAGCAGCCAUGAACCAAACCGGUACCGGACAGAUCAUGAAUCUUCUCAGCAAUGAUGUCAUUCGCUUCGAUCAAUUAACAAUGUUCCUAAAUUACAUAUGGAUCAUGCCUUUUACGACCGUUAUCAUAGGAACAAUAAUGUGGCAAAAAGUCGGUAUUUCGUGUCUUGUCGGCAUCGGGACGUUGUUGAUCAUCGUCCUCCCAGGACAAGGGACUUUGAGCUUCUUGAAUCUCAAACUCAGAGCCACGAUUGCGCCACUGACAGACCGAAGAGUGCAACUGAUGAGCGAACUCAUAGCUGGGAUACAGGUGGUGAAGAUGUACGCCUGGGAGAAACCGUUCAGCCAGAUUGUAUCAAUAAUCAGAAAGUGGGAGAUAAAGCAAAUCAAAUUCUCGUCGUACGUGCGCGCUGCAUAUUUGGCCAUCAUAGUCUUUACUGAACGAUUGACCGUCUACUUCACCCUGAUAACGUUCGUCUUAAUGGGGAAUAAUUUGACUGCCGAUGUGACCUAUGAACUGUCGACAUACUUCAACAUACUUCAAAUCAUCGUCGCGUUGUACUUUCCGCAAGGGCUAAUAUUGCUAGGUGAAUCAAUAGUUUCAUUCAAUCGAUUGGAGGAUUUUUUACUGAUGGACGAAGUAAACACGAGACGCUCCUCGGAGAAGACGCCGCAGUUGCAGUCUAAAUCUCAGAAACCAACUGAUGCAGAAAAUCAAAUAGACAGGUACAUCUCGAGAAAUGGGAGUAUCGUUCUGUCCGAACAUCAAGGAUUAUCUGACCUUCCGGUAUACGUAAAGCUUCAGCGGGUUUCCGCCAAUUGGAUCAGUGGCCAAUUGCCGCCGACUUUGUGCAACAUCAAUUUAACUAUCAAGCCAGGUCAAUUGUGUGCUGUAGUCGGUGCAGUAGGCUCCGGAAAAUCGUCUAUAUUACAUCUACUACUGAAGGAAUUAAAUCCCGGCACGGGUUCCGUAAUCUUUACUCAGGGCUCCUCGAAGUACAAUUUUAUGGGCAAUUUAUCCACUGGAUACUUCACGAACAAUCCAAAUCUACGUAUCUCCUAUGCCAGUCAAGAACCCUGGCUUUUCGGUGGUACUGUAAGGGACAAUAUACUGUUUGGCCAGUCCUAUGACAAGGCUAGAUACAUGCAGGUAGCAAAUGUGUGCGCUUUGACGAAGGAUUUCCGACAGUUUCCACAGGGAGAUAUGACAAUAGUCGGCGAUAGAGGUGUAUCUCUGUCCGGUGGCCAAAGAGCGCGAAUCAAUCUCGCGAGGGCGGUUUAUAGACAAGCGGAUGUCUAUUUGCUCGACGAUCCCUUGAGCGCGGUGGAUACUCGUGUUGCUAGGCACCUCUAUGGGAAGUGCAUCACCGAAUAUCUCCACGGUAAGACGAGGAUACUUGUCACACAUCAACUGCAAUUCCUUAAAAGGGUGGAUCACAUCGUCGUACUGGAUCGAGGUUUCGUGAAAAUGCAAGGAAAUUAUAACGAAUUAGUACAAUCAAAUAAAGAUUUCAUUGGGAUGUUGGACAAUUUGAACCAAGCACAGAGAAAGGAAGAGGACAUGAGAAGAGCUUCGGAAAUGUCUAGGAGAAUCACAUUAACGAGACGGACAUCAAGAUUAUCGACUACAAGUUCCAUCACUCACUCGGACAUUGAUGAUUCGGAUUAUGUGGAGAACAGCCCGGAAGCCGAGAUGACGGCACACGGUCGAGUAGCCGGCAGAGUGUACAAGGAAUAUCUGCAUAACGGUGGCAAUAGUUUCACGCUAUCUUUACUGCUGAUAAUCUUCAUCAUCAGUCAGGUCGCCACUACUGGGAACGAUUACUGGCUGUCAUACUGGACCACCUUGGAGGAUGUCAGGCGUACCGAAAAUACUAGUGACGUCAAACAAUUCACGAACAUGUACAACAAUAGUUUCCUUGGGUCGAUCUUCACGUUGAACCCGGACGGCCUGCUGAGCACUAUGGAUGCCAUAUAUGUAUAUACAUUCUGCAUCAUCGCCUGCAUCGCUACCACGCUGUUUCGCAGCUUUCUUUUCAUGAAGAUCUCUAUGAACUCGAGUAGUAACCUUCACAACAUCAUGUUCUUCAAACUGCUGCAGGCGCGCAUGUCCUUCUUCCACAACAAUCCUUCCGGAAGAAUUUUAAACAGAUUUUCGAAGGAUAUGGGCAUCAUGGAUGAGUGGCUGCCCAAACUGAUGUUGGAGGCGAUCCAAGGGUUUUGCGUAGUAUGUGGUAUAUUGAUCAUGGAGGCGAUAAUUAAUCAGUGGAUGCUGAUAUUGAUAGUCAUACUGGUGGUCUUGUUUUUCUUCGCUUCGAAAUCCUAUAUGAAGAUUGGUCAAGACCUCAAACGUCUCGAAGGCGUAAUGAAGAGUCCCAUAUUCUCGUACGUAAAUGCCACUCUGAAUGGUUUGCCGACGAUCAGAAGCAGCGGCAUUGAAAUCGAGAAAAUAAUGCGAAAACGUUUUGAUGAGUUGCAAGAUCGUCACAGCGGCACGUGGUACCUCUUUUUAACAUGCACGAUAGCCUUUUCUGUCGUUGCGGAUUUAAUAAUGUGCCUGUUCCUCGCCUGCAUUUGCUUUUCUCUAAUACCAAUGAAUGAGACUGGCAGUGUAGCCGGCAGCAAAGCAGGUCUAGCAAUAUCGCAGUCAUUGAUCCUAAUCGUUUGUCUACAAUACACCAUAAAACAGUUGAGCGAGUCGUUGUCAUUGAUGACCUCCGUCGAAAGGAUUCUUCAGUACACGAAUCUUCCUAAAGAGGAACCUAUUACCUCGGACGAUCCACCGCCACCUACAUGGCCAUCCCAAGGACAAUUGAUCUUGAAGAAUGUCAACAUGAAAUAUCAUAAGGAUGAUCCACCAGUUUUGAAGAAUCUGAACGUAUCCAUUGAGCCAGGCUGGAAAGUUGGGGUGGUUGGACGAACUGGCGCCGGCAAGUCUUCCUUGAUCUCGGCGUUCUUCCGCUUGUUCAAUGAAGGUCUUGAAGGCGAGAUCAAGAUCGAUGGUCGGGACACAAGCACGGUGGGCCUGAGUGAACUGCGCUGCAAAAUCUCCAUCAUACCGCAGGAACCUGUGCUCUUUUCCGAGAGUCUACGUUACAAUCUGGAUCCGUUCAAUCAGUACGACGACAUGAAGCUGUGGGAGGUGUUGCGGCAAGUCGAGAUGAAUGAUGUCACGUUAGACCACGAUAUCUUUUCUGGCGGUCAUAACUUCAGCGUCGGCCAGAGGCAACUCAUAUGCCUAGCCAGAGCCAUCUUGAGGAACAAUCGCUUGCUUGUUCUCGAUGAAGCCACGGCCAAUAUUGAUUCGCACACGGAUGCUUUAAUUCAGGAUACAAUAAGGAGCAGUUUUAAAGAAUGUACUGUUAUCACGAUUGCACAUCGUUUGAAUACGAUUAUAGAUAGCAAUCGGAUUAUCGUGAUGGAAAAUGGUUCUAUCGUGGAAUUCGGUUGCCCAUAUGAGCUGUUACACGACAAAGCAAAUGGUUACUUUUCACAAAUGGUGGAGAAGACGGGCAAUCAGAUGGCGCAAAGUCUUUUAGAACAAGCGAAGAAGGCUUGCGAGAAGAAUAAUGAUCGUUGUGAAUUGAACUUGUCGGCUCAAAAUACUGAGUGUGAGAGCGACACCACGCUUACAGAACAUACCGCUUUAUAGAUUUUCUACUUAUAGACAGGGUUGGAGUCUUACAAAUAACGGAAAUGAC